UAAAUAUCACUAUUUAAUCAACUUGCGAACAUUUAAUUAAAGCCAAUCGACGCAGCCGCUGCUAAUAAAUUUUUAAGUGCAAUAAUGCCGCCGAACUUCGUUGAUGUGUCAUAUCCUGAACCUGUCACGGUUGAGGAUGGACCAAAGGAGAAUGGGGGGCCACCGUCUCCGGGGAUUUCUACCCACGCGGGGCUGAAAGCUGUGAGGUCCCUGACGACUCUGCUGACCCACUUGUUUAUCGGAAUUGUCGUGGGAGUUUCGCUGUUCUGGUCGUUCAGGAAUGGUGUGCCGAUUGGUCCCACGCCACAACACGUAGUUUUAUGUGUCAUAGGGUUUCAAUUCCUAAUGGCAGAGGCCAUCCUGUCCCUGGCUCCAGACAGCUGGUGCUCCACUUUGAACCUCAAGCACAAACGCUGGGUUCACACUGGCUUACAACUGGUCGGCUCCAUACUGGCUCUGGUCGGCUGCUUCAUCAAGAUCGUUGACAAGAACGUUAACUUUAACACAUUACAUGGACAGUAUGCUCUUGUGUCGAUGGUCUUCACAUCGGUGUCUCUGGUCAACGGUUUGACUUCCCUGUAUGCGUACGAGCUCCGUAAGUUUAUACCAGGAAUCCUGUCAAAGCUGACGCACAUUUGCUUCGGGGCCGUCGCGUUGGUCACUGCCUCUGUAUCUCUGUGCUACGGCUUUGACAAAAACUCCUUCAGAAAUGCGGUCACCAGCCCCUUUACUGACACCCUCAUCAUCAUGACAGGCGCUUUGACCACCAUCAUCAUUAUUAAUCCUCUUCUCACUAUGUACGCUAAAUUCCUUGGUGUUAUUAAGAAAUAAAACUCUUCUGUACCUUUUCCCAUCUCAUGGGGUCGGUCCGUCAGGUUCCAAGGCUCCAAAAUAGUCUGUAUUGGGUCAUUGUUAAGAAUCAAAUAAUUAGUAAUGAAUCAUUAAUUUAAUAUUCCAUUUUGCUCAAGAAUGUUGUAUUAUAAAACAGACGAAUUAUUUUGUUACAUAAAGAUUGAUUUCUAGACCCAAGAGUCACAAAUCGUGGUUGCUUUAUCUAUGUUUAUAAAUGUAACUACCGCAAUAGGAAUCACAGAUAAAUGUACUAAAGUAUUAAAAUAAUUACUUAUGAUCUGAGAAAAUUCCCGUUAGCUGUUGUAACUAGGUAAUUAUUUAUAUUUUAUAAACUAAUAAGUUAAUUAUUAAAUAAAGAUAUUGACAUUAAUCUAUCUUGUAUUUUAUUUGGUUAAUUAACAUAAAACCUUAUGUUGCGAUUUAAAUACUUAAGACCCAGUACUAUAAUGACAUUUCUAUACGUAAAAGUCACACGGCAAGACCUUAUACCAAUAUUACCAACACGUACGUUAGAAUGUAGGUAUUACUCGUAUUGUAAUAUGAAAUGUGUAAAUCUUAAAAACCUGCCACAAAUGUUAUGGUAACUUAGUCAAACAUAGUAACAAUCAUAAAAUCAGCAAUGAUCGCGAUAAAUUGUCGCAUCAAUUUAUCUUGAUUUGUAUCCGGAAUUUACGUAACCGCUAUGAUAAAUCAGAAUUUUAUCUUAUUUAAUUAAAAUCAUUAAAUGUUGCAUUAACUUAGAUACUUGUUAACAAAGAUUUUAACUAUCACAUUGAUUAUUUAUUAAGAGUCCGUAUUGUGUCAUGUUUUUUAAUUAUUUUAUCUUCCACAUUUAAUUUUGACAAACUAUGAAGGAGUAGUAGUAAUGAUGAAAAUAAUAAAGAUGGUGGUAAACCAAAACAGUUACUAUAUACAGACAUAAUUAUAACAUGAAAUAUUGGUAUCAAUGAACUGUGUAAUAAAACAAUUGGCAUACACGCUAUAAUAAAAUUUGUGGUUACGUAUUGUAAACUUAAUCUAAUCAGAUGCUGUGACAUGUCUAUCCAAGCUUACAGCGAUAAUACUAAUAUACUAGCCAUAUCUGUGACGGAAUCUGUCUAUAAAUAUUACUAUAAUCUCGAAUCGCGAGCAUUUUACCAAAUCCAAUCGAAGCAGGAGGUGACUCUGAAGGGUUAGUUUUUAAAGUGCAAAAAUGCCGCCGAACUUCAUUGAUGUGUCAUCUCCUGAGCAUGUCACGACCGUGGAUGGGCCAAAGGAGAACGAGACAUCGUCUCCGACGAUAUCUACACACGCGGGGUUGAGGGCAGUGAGGUCACUGACCACUCUGCUGACCCACCUGCUGAUCGGAAUCGUGGUGGGUGUGCUGCUCUUCUGGGCGGUCAACAAUGGCAUACCGAUGGGCGCAACCGCACAACACGUCGUUUUAUGUGUUAUUGGGUACCAAUUCUUAAUGGCGGAGGCCAUCUUGUCCCUGGCCCCUGACAGCUGGUGCUCCACGUUAAGCCUCAAGCACAGACGCUGGGUUCACACUGGCUUGCAACUGGUCGGCUCCAUCUUAGCUCUGGUCGGCAGCUUCAUCAAGAUCGCUGACAAGACCAUACAUUUCAACACGUUACAUGGACAGUUUGCUCUUGUGGCCAUGGUCUUCACAUCGGUGUCUCUGGUCAACGGCCUGGCGUCCCUAUACGCAUAUGAACUCCGCAAAAUCAUCCCGGGUAUCCUUUCCAAGCUGACUCACAUUUGCUUCGGGACCGUCGCGCUGGUCACUGCCUCUGUGGCCCUCUGCUACGGCAUCGACAAAGGCUUCUUCAGAAAUGCCAUCAGCACCAGCUUUGCUGACGCCCUGAUCGUCAUGACAGGCACCUUGACCACCAUCGUCAUCAUUAAUCCUCUCCUCACCAUGUACGUCAAAGUCAACGGCAUUAUUAGUAAUUAAAAAACUCAUGUAAUUUGUAGUAUUUUAUAAAUUAGCUCAGACUGUGUUGUAUUUUAAAAUUGACGAAAAAUGUUGUUACAUGCAGUUUGGUUUCUAGACCAAAUAGUCGUGAAAUCAUAUACUUUCGCAGUUGCCAUUAUUAUUUCAACUAUUUAAUUGUACAUAACUCAAAUUCAACAAUAUAAAUCACAGACAAAAUGUACUAUAAUAUUAAAAUAAUAACCUAUGAUCUGAGAGCAUUCCAGUUAGCUGUUGUAAAUAUUUAUAUUUUUUUACUAUUAGGUUUAAGAUUACAAAUAAAUAAAGAUAUUGACAUUGAAAUAUC